AUGGCUACAUUGCGUGUGCUAAACAACGAUGACAUGUACCACCACCAGUCGGAUUUACAAUUUCGAGAUGGUUGUUCAGUCAUUCACAAGAUGCUGAAAACAGAGCGUGGAGAGUCCAUUCUCGAUCUCGGCUGCGGUACCGGACGACUGACUAUGCAGUUGGCAUCUCUAAAUCGCUGUAGCAAACGAGCAGCAAAAAAGAUGGAUGAUAUCCCUGUAACGUUUCAGUUGGGUAACAUUCGUGAAGCACUUCCGCUUGGUCCAUUUGAUGGAAUAUUUAGCAAUUACGUGUUCCACUGGUUUGAACGUGCCGAACGAGCAGAAAUAAUGCAACAGAUGUAUGACAGUUUGAAACCAGGAGGACGACUUACGUUCGUGCUUGAAACCAAUCACACACAGCCCAAUGCCAGCAUUCGUGAUAUUUUCCGUCUGACUGAGCCAAACCUAGACGAAGAGUCUGCAUCUGGCAUUAAGAUGGACUUUUCUUCUGCGUGGCUGCAGCACUGCAGUGAUGCCGGAUUUGUCGUCGAACUGUCAGAGGUGUUCAGGACAGAGAAGGCAGGGCCAAAUCUGGAUACACUACUUCAAUUUCAAAAGCUUCCAUUCCCAAUUUCCAGGCCAGUAAGAUGGCAGACGACGGUCUGA